UGACUAAAAUGAUAAGAUAAGGUUUUUAUUUGGUGUUUUUGAACCCAGGAAAAUGGAGGAAAAAUUAUCAUCUUUUGCAAAAUCAUUAACACCUUCACCAAUUCAACAACUUUCUUAUCUUGCUCAGCGUUGCAAUGCCAUUAAUCUUGCUGAAGGUUUCCCUGAUUUUCCUGCUCCUUCCCUCAUCAAAAAUGCUGCUGUUUCUGCCAUUAAUUCUGACUUUAAUCAAAGCAGACAUGUGCAGGAAAUAUGUGAUUAUCUAGCAAAGAAUGUGAAGGACAUGCAUGGCCUGGAUAUUGAUCCUAUGACAGAUAUAGUGAUUUGUUGCGGUCAAACUGAGGCGUUUGCUGCAGCAAUGUUUGCCUUAAUUGAUCGAGGUGAUGAAGUUAUCGUGCUUGACCCAUCAUAUGAGACAUAUGAAUCUUCAAUUAGCAUGGCUGGAGGAGUCCCAGUAUUUGUGCCCUUGGACCCUCCUUAUUGGACUCUGGACCCAGAGAAACUAAUGAAAGCUUGUACUUCCAAAACAAAAGCUAUAGUAUUGAACAGCCCUCACAAUCCUACAGGGAAAGUGUUUGGAGUAGAUGAACUGGACAUAAUUGCUGAAGCGUGCCAUAAGUGGGACUGCCUAGCUGUUACAGAUGAAGUGUACGAAUAUAUAACCUAUGAUAAUGAAAGGCACAUAUCCCUUGCUUCGCUUCCAGGAAUGCAAGAGCGGACAAUCAUCACUUCCUCUAUGUCUAAAACUUAUUGUGUGACAGGUUGGAGAAUUGGAUGGGCCAUUGCCCCUGCAUGUAUUGCUGAUGCUGUAAGAAACGUCCAUAUAAGACUUACGGAUUCUGCUCCAGCACCUUUUCAAGAAGCUGCCGUGGUGGCUCUGCAGAGCCCCCCACAAUAUUACGAGUCAGUAAGAGAAGACUUUGAAUCCAGAAGGGACUUUAUUGCAGAAUUACUCGGUGGGAUUGGUUUUCAGACUAACUUUAAGCCUCAGGGUGCAUUCUUCAUGUUUGCAGAGCUACCCAAGGAUUACAAUAACUGUGACAUAGACUUUGUUGAAGAAUUGAUCAAACAAGCAGGUGUAGUGGCUGUACCAGGAUGUGGAUUUUUCCAUACAAAGCGUCCAUCGAAUGGCUAUCAAAGAAGGUACAUCAGAUUUGCUUUCUGCAAAAGCAGUCAGACACUGAUGGCUGCUCGCCGUAGGAUAAGUGAGCUUUUAAAUUCGUCUGGUCAUCUCAAGCUAUUUCACUCUGAAAAUGAUCCAGAUUCUUGACAGCUUUGUAAUCUGUUAUUCAUACUUCCUCCGUUCCUUUUUAGAUGACACAGUUUGACUUUUGCACUAUUCACAAACAACACUUUGACUAGCUUUUAUAAUUUGCAGCUACGAUAAAACAUAAUCAUGUGAGAUAUUGUUUGAAUCGUCUUAAUGUAUAUUUUAUUAAUAUCCACUUUUUAUAAUUUUACAAUGAUGAUAAUGGGAGAUAUAACUCAUGAAAAUUGUGCGUUGGCAAACGUGAUAAAAGAAACGUGUAAUCUAUUAAGGAACGGAGGAAGUAUUUAUCAGUUUUGUUGCUCUUAGUUGUUACAUAGAGGCAUCUCAUUGAAA